AUGCUGUUGGCGUUGUCUUCGAGUAUUGCGGUGUUCCUAACAUGUCUUGCCUAUUACGCCUUCAAGAGCAAACUUUAUCUUCUAAGGAGCACUAGGGCCGGGAGCGCCAAUAAUGAUGCGCAACUUGGCUCAUUUUCAGCUACAAAAAAAGAGCCAAAUUCAACCUUAGAAUCCAAUACACCUCUCGAGUCAGAUAAGACACUAUAUUAUUUCCUUCAAAAUCUCGAACAGUUCCCCACUGCCCUAUAUGCCGGUAGAAAUCGGCUUAUAAGUCUCCUCGACGAAACCAUUACCGCAGCACUUGAGACAGCUCCCGAUGAUAACAGCAUCCUUUCAAUCCCCGAUUAUUCGCCAGCUGCCAUAUAUGAGUUCUUCAGAAAUUCCGAAUCACAAAUCACCGAAAGAUUCGAUUCUUACCUCUUACGAAGACGUCAAGGUGGCCCCAGAGAAAUCUUCCCCAACCUCGAGUAUGCAAAAUGGUGGCUUCGCACUGCUGCACCAGUGAAAUACGUCGACGGUGCUUGGUUAGGCGGCAUAAACAGAGCUUUCAAUAGCCUACCGAAUAAUCGAUCCUCACAACGCAUUGGUUGGCAAAUUCUCAGCGAGGAGCUCGGCGAUGGAGAUUUGACUAAAAACCAUGUCUGGGUUUAUCAAGAACUCAUGCGUUCCAUCGAUGCGGACAUCGGUAGGGGGAACGAAAGGAAAUUUAUCGAUAAUUGCCACAAUCCGAACGGAGAGGAGAGGGUGUGGAAGGCUGCUGUUUCUCAAUUGUGUUUAUCACUAUGGCCGGAAGAGUUCUUGCCGGAGAUUCUAGGGUUUAAUAUGGCAUAUGAGAGUUUACCACUGCAUCUCUUGAUCACCAUCCAGGAGCUUCGGGAGUUGAGGCUGGAUCCAUACUAUUUCAUCCUACAUGUCUCCAUCGAUAACGGCCACUCGGGCCAUGCAGCUAUGGGGAUCAAAGCCGUAACAGAGUAUAUCGAAUCGCUUCCGCCCAACGAGGUUGGAAUUGCAUGGAGGCGAGUCCAGGCCGGAGUCAUCCUUGCGGAAGGGUUACCAACAACACCAGCAUCCCCGUCGGAACUCGAUUGUAGCGUAGAAAAGAUUUUCAGAGAAAAAUGUUUUACCGCUCGUCCAAUGCAUGCUGCUUGCCCUGCAAAAAUUGGGGGUAAAUCAGGGAAAUCAUUGAGUCAAUGGUUGGAAACCGAAGCAUGGGUCGUUAGGGGCUCUCCAGAACAGAAGCUUGUGAAUCCUAGACCGAAAUCUUUCAUGGGUGCCUAUUCGGAAUUUGUUGGCCAAAGCUUCUCAAAUGCAUCAAAACAAAUUUUCCAAGACCAGAUCGAUAAACCGCCUCCUAUUAGCAUUCCAAACGUAACGGAAUUUUCAGAUCUCUUGUCACCCACGCCAAUCUCCGGUGCAACAACUCCUCAAAGCCUAUUCCCGAUCCUCCGCCUUUCAGCAGUUCCGUUCGAGCAUCUUCCUUCGUAUCCAGCAAAAUGCGCAACUGAACAAGGGAUGACUGCUAUCAAGAUUCUUCGGGCUCUUUAUGGUUUCAAAGAUCAAAACGAUCUCUGUGCAGGAAUGGAUGAAAUUCACCAUUCAAAUGAGAACCGUGGCUUGUACGAAAUUUCCGAGCAUGCCAGCGUUUUCCGGAAGCACGAAGGGCCAAUCAUGGAGUAUUUGGGGUGGCUCCAAAAUGUUUCGAAAGCGCCUGACCAAAACUAUUCAUUCUUGCUCGGAGCUCAGCUCAGUUUCGUGGUUGAUCUCUUCUGGAACGAAGGUUUGCUGGAAGGAGGAUUGUUGAGUGAGAGUGACAUAAAUAUUUUGAGAGCGAUUGGGGAUCAAUGUAUAAAAGCUUCAAGGGAGAUUUAUGGCUUAUGUGAUUGGAAUGAUCUGGUGAUGGGCUUUUUUAGAAACAGAUACGAGAUUGGUCGUUGUGUCGUGGACGCUGGUGGGGGGAAGGAUGCUGGCUCUUUGGAGGCGAUGAAAUAA